CGAGCGCAGUGUCAUUUCAUCUUUUGUGACGACGAAGUAGGGAAUUCACGUGUUGUCGUUCUGCAGCAGCCAAACUGUGACUGGCUUCGUACUCAGCGCGGCUUGAGCAUCAAUCAGUGUUGUACCGGCUACGAGAAAACUUGAGGUGGCAAUGACGCUGUGGGUUUCAGCACCGUCUAAAAAGCAGUUGGUGUUCUUCGUCGUCAUCCUCGGUGGUGUGGUCACUUCGGCCGGUUACUUCGUGGCCAUCAAAUACUAUUCAGGCGUGGAGUAUUCCGACAGCACGAUGUCCUGCGUGGCUCAGGAGGUGAUCCGUGCGUGUUCCUCUUCUUCGCCCUUGCGCGUCCUAUUCUUCGUACUGUCUGACAGCGAGGAUCAACGAAAGCUGAUCCGGUCGACAUACGCGAAACCUUCGUUCGCGCACCCCAUACACUGGAGGACAGUCUUUGUGACGCACGGACCUUCGCUCUCGUCGUUGAGCCAGGAAUGUGGCCUGCACGGCGACAUGCUGGUAUCUAUUGGAAACACGAUACCGAAGUUCGUCACCUGGGCUAAGAAGGUUUGCUCAAACGCUAGUCUGGUGGUGUACAUGGAUCAGAAAGUGUUACCGCACCCCUUCUACCUUGCUCAUUACAAAAGGACGAGGAUACAGGCGAAAGCCCAAAAUUUUUUCUGCGUCCCCUCUUGGACGAACGGCACAAUGAGUUGCAGCCCUCUCGUGAUAGCAUUCCACGGAGCGAUGCUUGAGAAUGCAGAAGCUUUGGAGAACGAAGACCCAGAAAAACCUGUUCAUCUAGCGCGCAUUGAAGACAUGAGGAGUUUCGUGGCUGUCAACGAAAGCAUGCAUAUGCUUUACACUGUGGGUGCUGUGGUCUUCUUCGAGCACCAUGAGCGAGUGGAGCUGAAUUGGACAACGCUCUGGGAAGCAACGAUGAUGGCUGAAGAGAAUGACCCACUCGACUUGUAUCUGUGAAACACAUUCUGUAUCAUUGUUCAUUAUGAACAGGUCUUAUAAAAGGGUAUACAAUA